AUGGUCAGACCUCACCCCGGACCUCCUCGGUUCAAACCCAGGUAUGUGCAGGAUUGUUGCAGAGUUAAACUACAACAAAAGGGGCAGUUUAUAAUAAUGGAAAACUAACAAUUGGCGAUAUAAAUUAAUGUGUUUUUUAGUCAAUCUAUUUUAAUCGUGUAAACUAGACAUGGCUAAUGAAAUAAAUAACAUGAAUUGUGUGGAUGGUUCAAGUUUCUUCAAGACUUGGUUUUGUUAUUCAACAGGCCCUACUCAGAUGGCUACAACAACAUGCCACAUGAAGAGAAUUACAGCCCCCACCCCAGGAGUCAGAGAGGAUUCCGGGGCCACUCAGGAAAGGUCCCUCCAAGCUGGAGAGAUUCCAGAGGCAGAGGACGUGCUCACUUUGCCAAAAGGCCCCCACUGAUGGGAGAACAGAGGCCCCCACUGAUGGGAGAACAGAGGCCCCCACUGAUGGGAGAACGGAGGGAGCGACCUUUCAAUCAGUGGAGGUCCCAAAACCAGGAUUCCUUCAAAACAUACCCCUCCCAAGCGGAGCCCCAUCAUGGCCACAGGAGGCCAUCCCCAUCCAGGCCAAACCGUCCCCCCCCAGCACAGCAUAGGUCCUCCCCGCACACUCCUGCCCAAGGGCCCCAGGGACACCACUCGGGUCACAGAUCCCCCUCACCACGCCAUUACCAUAACCAACCUCCUGACAGGAGGCCGCCACCCUCACAGUCCCCCCACAGUUCCUUCAGGGGCCCUCACAAGCGCCCAACUCACAAGCGCCCAAGUCCUUCCCACGAAGAGGACAGGAGCUGGGGUGCCCGGCCGCAUCAUAGCCCCAGGGAGAGGCAGUUUGAGCGCCAAGGUCGUGGGGGGAAGCGCUGGAAUGGGCCAGGGCCCUUUCCACGACCACAUAAUGGUGAACGUGGGCCCUCUGGCUCCCCCCAGAGAAAGCCACGGGAGUUUCAUGGCAGAGGUCCUUAUCCAGAGAGGUACAGGAGUGAAGAUGCAGUAUUGGCUGGGUAAUAUAAAUGGAGGGGGAAAAGUGUAAACUCGCGUAGUCCUCUGCGUCAGAGGUCAAAAUUAUAAUUCAUUGUUACAAUGCUGAUAAACAGUAAAAUGCAGUGAUCUGAUGUUAAUGCACUACUAGUCACCUGCCACUGGAAAGUGUAUAUUCUCUCUGAAAGUUUUACUUUCCUACCUGUAUCAUGGCAUAAUGGUGAAGGGGCAGCAUAAAGAAAAGCUAAACCUCCGUUUCCCACUUCAAACGAUAAUGGAUCUUCCAAUGUAAUCAUUUUUUGUAUUGUUUGUGAUGGAUGUGCAGGUGGUCUGCUGAGCGAGAUCCCAGGCAGCAGCAUGCAGUGGUGGGACGGGAGAGGGAGGGCAGCGGACGCCACAGCGCUGAGUGGGCACAUGAAGGCAGCCCUCACCACCCUCCCCACAAAUCCCCCGCAUGGAAAGGAGGUCGGUCGUCGUCCUCUUUCCACCAGAACAGCCCUCAGGAAAGGCCAAGUGGACCACCACACAAGAGGAAGUUCCAGGAGCGUGGGAUGCCUCCUGCAGGCCCUGAUCUGGAGCAUGGUCACCCAAAGCGCCCUCGGAUAGAGAUUCCACAUUACUUCAACGCCCCUAGGGGAUUUGGCGGCCGUCCCUUGUCAUUCAGGGACAAGAGUCGCUUGCUGAAGGGGCGUAAAAUGAGAGCGGAGUCGGUGAUGAGGCUCAAAACACCUCCACCUCGGCCCAAAGGAGCAGAGAUCCAUGAAGAGGAAGGGCCGCAUACGUCCUGGGGAAAUGCGCCAUCCAAGUUCGCUCUUCGGAGGGAGCGUUUCCAAGCAAAGGCUGGCCCACUGAGGAAGAGGCCGAUGCCCCAUCAGUCACCCCCCAACCCAGAAGCCAAUUCAACCAAGUCUUCCAGGGACUCAGAGUCACAGAAGGAACAGGUGGACUCUCACCGAGCCUUGAGCACACACAGGUACGGUAUCUUCCUUCUCACUCUGGGAGCAGGGGCGUGAUGAUGUUUAGAAGGUCAAGCUUCAAAGAUAUCUGAAUAUGAAGGGAAUGCCAACUUACAGCCAUAUUCCUGUGAUGGAGGAAAUGGAGUUACAGUGAUGUCCUGUUUCAGUUAAGUUUUGAAAUCAAAUAUCCAAAGACCUCUGGGGUUGCACUUUCAAGUGGGCUGGCAGUGAACAAAAUAAUUCACAAGGGUUUUUUCUGGGCGCCAGUCAUUCAACGUUGAAUUAAUAUGUGCCUAUUCAAAACGAUGUCAUUGAAAGAUACUAGAAAAUCAAUUUGUGUUGGGAGGCCUGUCCCUCUAAUGCUAUUGGGGUCUGAAGCUAGAGGAGCUCUGAGGAGCUUCUAGAGAGGUGCUCUUCACUGACCAAGUGGAAAAGUUGAAGAAACAUGCUCACAAUGCCAGACGCAACACAACCCGCUGACACAACAGAAGUUCAGAAGAGCAGUUCAUCCAUGAAGAGGACUGCUACCAAGAGAACUGAGGACAUGCCCUUUAUAUCAGAUGAAAUGCCACAGUCGUUGCACACCAACAUGCAUGACUCAAAGGAAAGGAGGAGAUUGAUGUUGAUCACCAUAUAGAAGGCUCUGAAACUGGAAGCUGUCAUACUGGUUCAGGUUACACAAUCUGUCAGUUUGAGCAAUAACAUUAAAAUUGCAUUGGAAUAUGCACCAGCUUCCAUGAAGAUAAUGUCCAGAGGACCUUUGGGGAUAAUGCAUGAUACUAACAUUGACAACAACAGGAGGAAGAAGCUCUGAGGCCAUAAAGCGGAGAGAGGAGUGGACGCUGCUGUAAAAAAACAACAACAUUUGAGUCAUUUAGCAGACUCCUAUCCAGUGACUUACAGUAGUGAGUGCAUAACUUGUCACACGUUUUCAUACUGGUCCCGCAUGGGAAUCAAACCCACAACCCUGGCCAAGUUCCAUGCGCUACCAACUGAGCCACAUGGGACCUUACGCUGUGGUAAUACAUAGAUCAUACAAUACUACUUUUAUUUCUUAGAUGCAGACGUGCAGUUGACUCAAUAUCUAAAAAAUUAUGAAUUAGUCCCCAAAUGUACAAUUGACCUUUUAGUCAUUUUAGCAGACGCUCUUAUCCAGAGCGACUUAGUUAGUGCAUACAUUUUCAUACUGGCCCCUGUGGGAAUCGAACCCACAACCCUGGCGUUGCAAACGCCAUGCUCUACCAACUGAGCUACACGGGACUACCUUCAAGAAGCAAACUGAGGACUGACGCGAUAAUGGACCACACCUCUGUACAUUAACAGCACACUGAACUUCAUCUGGCUAGGCCAGUGAAGUGGACUUUUUCUGCAUGCAAGAAUACAUCAAAUCUGUGUAUACAGAACAUAUGCAGUGGACUACAGUUCCCUACACAGUGGAUCUAAUCUCUACACAGCAAGUUUCCAGAGGAUGGCGGCCUUACAAGUACAACAAUUGGAUGUUUUACAAGCAAACAAUGGAUUCCAUGCAAGCUGCUUUACAACAAUUGCUCUGUAUAUGGCUUGUUUAUUCGAGUGUACUACUGGGUUUUGACUGAAGAUGUACAAGUUGAACACCGACCAUCUCGAGCUGAAUUCAUCACACUACUUGCACCAGACAGGAGUGCAAGAUUACAAGAACAUCAUCCCCCUUUGAAAUUGAAUGCCCAGCGAUUGAAGAGGGGUUGAGAUUUGGAAGGUGAGACUGAACUUAACGAAGACGAGUAAGGAUGAAGAUGAACUGAAGAUCACCAGGGAAAUCAUGGAUAGAUGGCCCGUUUGGCUGAACAGAUUACUCAUCUCCCUUUGUCAUCAUUAUUUCAAUAGUAAUGAAGUGGAGAAGACAAUUGACAGCCUUUCGAGUCCAGCUUCAAGUGAAAAUCUGGACCGCAAGAGACCAGUUCCUCAGAGAUUUCGGCAUCACUUUUCCAUUCAUACGUGUCACUUUUCACUCUGAAUUUGUGAGGAGAGCUUCUGGGAGGUCAGGUGGAUUCAGGGUUCAGUGACUACAGCGUUACGAAAACAUGGACAUUACAUGCUCUUUGUAAGUACCUGAGUGAUGAUCAGCUUUUAUCAUAAUUCUAUUCCACAUGUAGACAAAUUAAUGUAUUUUCAUGAGUAAUUAUGUGAAUGUAGCCUUCCCCACAGAACUCUCUCAUUUCUGUUUCUUUCCAUGUCCCCCAACAUCUGUUCUUGUCAAUUUUUUUCAGAUUAAAUGUUUUGUUCUACAGAAUGAAACCAUUUACAUUUUUCAGGGCAUUAUUUAGACUGAUGGAAUUUUCACUUACAGGGCAACAUCUAAAGAUGAUGCUAGUAGUAAUGUUCUGCUCCACUGCUUACCAAACCUGGCCUCACAGGCUCUACUGAUGGGAUGCUCAUCUCUUGUCAUUCUGUCUUGGCUGGUCCUGCUUCAGCUCUUCCUCUAUAGACAAACGGCUGGCUCGUGACCUAGUCGUUGUGUCCCAGUGGCAGGCACCUGGGACUAACUCAAGCUCAAAGGACAGCCCCCCAAGGGAUAGAAGUAGGACACCAAAGAACAAAACUGGCAAGUGACCCCUAAUUUGGUUUAGUCUCAUUUUGUCUGUGGCUAACAGUUUGUUUGAUGCCCCAAAACAGGAAUGUGACGUCUCUUGGUGAAUUAAAGAUAAUUCAUUAUGAGAAUGAGACCUCUCUUACUCACUCUCACCUCCUGACUUUUCAGAGCGCUAUUACAAUUCAGAUGAACAACUUACGCUGAAUGAACGCUUCUCUAAAAUUCAUGACUCCAGUCCUUCCCCUUCACCAAGAGACCGGAGAUAUGCGGAAAGGUAAUCCACCAAUAUAAGAAAUGAAUGAGUAUCACUGUAAAAGAUUUGAUGUGAAGUGACUAUUGUUAUGAAUGUAUUGCAUGGAAUAUAACCAAUUUAUUGGUUUAAAUCUUUGAGGCCAGUGGUUAUGAGCUACAUGGGAUCAUGCAUCACACAAUGGAUGUGGCAUCACACUAAUAACUAGUUUAAUUCAGGGUAAUAUUCAGAUAAUUCACUUUUUACUUAUUUUAGGCAAACGAACGUGCCACAGGAGAACCACAGACCUGAAAGACCCUUCAGGAAACCAGGACCACCACAGGUGAGAACUUCCUGAUGUUGACUGGGUUCUUUGAAAGCUGAGUGUUCAUAGCUUUAGUCUUGGGAGUGGUAACAUGUUUACUGAAAUGAGUAGGCUGUCGAAGGAUACUAUAUGUCGAAUGUUUCCUCCCAUAAUUUUGGCACCAUAUGUGAGCAAUUACAUUUCUUGAUCAACUCCAUUCCACCAUGUAUGGGCAUCCUUUACUCGUAUGUCCCACAGAGACCCAGCUUCCGUCCCACCAGCCCAAAUCUCAAACCAGGUCCUCCUCCCCAGAGAAGACCAGGCCCUGAACCGCCUGGUCCCUCUAGGAAGCCACUCAUGGUAUGUACCCUUUUUGAACAGCUCCUCUUAUAACUUGUGGCCAGUAGGGCUUGUCUUAGCCCACUGACUGUGUUUGUGUGCCUCUUGGCCUUUUGAGAAUGUAGGUAGUAAUAUCAGGUGGAUGAAGCUGUAGGUCACUGAAAAACGGUGCAUUUCUGACUGGUUUGGUUGAAAUGAUCUUUCCCCCCUUUGUAGGGAGGCUUUGUGCCACGUCCCUUCUCUCAAAGGCCAGUGUUCAGGAAAAGCCAGAGCAUUCUGUCCAAAUACCGUAACAUGCCUACGAUGCGACAACAUGUACCCCCCAACAGAGGGUCUAAUUACCGCCGCUGGUGA